UAUUCGGGUUUUUGAAUGAUCGCACGUGAGAAUUGAGGCAAUUGUUUUCCACAAAUUGUUUCUAGUUUGUUGUUGGAAUUUUUUUGAAAAUGGAAAAACCGCAGUUCGAUGUGGCACUCGGGGGAAGUGUCAGUAUUCCCCAUAAUGUGGAGAUUAGGAAGUUAAUUACUGCGAGGGCCAGCGAAAUGUCAGCGAUGCUUCAUUCCAUCGAGAAUCCCCAACGGACGAAACUGGUCUUCCAGAAGCUCCCGGUGCACAUGCGACGUCGUGUGAUGUCCCACAACGCAAAGAGAAUGCCCAGAAGACUCCGUGAGGCCCAUCAGAUGCAAAUGGAGAAGUCUGGACUGCCUCCGAGGAGUAAAAGGCCCUCCAGGAAGUACAGGAGACGCGCCCAGAAUCUCCUCCUGGAGUACAAUCGACGUAAACGCAGCAAAAGAUGGCUGGAGACUCAUAUUUGGCACGCGAAACGCUUUCACAUGUGUGAAAAAUGGGGAUACAAAAUAGCUAAUUUCUCCAACGACAGAGGAUUCCGAGCUAGUUAUCGAGCUGUUGCGAGACACUGCAUGAUGCAGGAUAUUUCCUACUACAGUUGCAUCGAGUUGAUCGGUCCUGAGGGGACUUUAAUUGAUAAAUUAAAAAUUCAUUCGAAGGAACAGCUGUCGUUCGGGGCCAGGAUGUACCUAGAGGGGUCCAGGGAGGGCUCUCUGAUCUUCUACAAGAGGAAUAAUUCCCCUGUGGGAGUUGUCACUUUCUUCUGGAGGCCCAGGGGACAGGGAAUCGUCAGGAGUCUCUGGAUUUGGGUGCAUCCUGCAUUGUUUGAUGAGAUUCUACCUGAAAUUCUAUCGACAUUUGGAUUUACUCCAGGAGAGGGACUGGAGUCCUUCGAAUCGGAAGAGUCUGGCUGCAGGAUCAACUCACUGAGGAAUUCCUUCAACAGAUUCAGGCUUCGGGGACCCCUCAGCGUUGCUGUCCUCUCGGACACCCUGAAACUCCCUCAAUCCCCAGGUCAUGCCCUCGGGGACAAAGUCCCCUGGAACAGUCUCUGGUACCAAGAACCCAGGAAUGAGAAUUGUUUUGGGGACCAGCGGGAGUUCUUCGGUGGAAUUAAAACACUGAAUUCUCCUGGGCAAAUGCCCAGGGCCUCGGUGGUGGCUCUCACUGUGAUUGAUCCACGAUUUUUUCUCCCUGAAAAGAGAAAAAAAGCUGUGCUGACUCAGGAUGACUGGAGAAAGGUCCUCCAGGUCCCUGAGGGAGUGUCUGAUAGUCCUCUGUGGGAUUCUCAGGUCAGGGAGAGACUGAAGGCUGAAUUCGUGUCGAAUAAUGAGAUUAACAAGUUUAGAGCGGAGAAUGCUGUGCCUGGGGUGCAGAAUGAUUCGGAGUUUGAUCAGGGGAUCAUGGCGAAGGUGCCGGUUAUUCUUGUACAGUCUCCUGGGAGCAGUGAAGCGGAGAAGAGCAUAGGUUUCUCUUCUGGUUUAGAUAUUAUCCUGCCAUCUCCUUGGGGUCUGCCCUUCUGGAUCGCUUUCAUGUAUCGCUGUGCACGACCUAUAGGCCUCCGAGAGUACCAAUCAGUCAUCUUCGAGAAUCUCUCGCUAAAUUCACCUGAAGUGCAUCAUCCUGAUACCUCAGCCUACUCCAAGGAGGCGCUGGAGACGAAAAAUCAGAUGACUGAGGCGUAUUUCCGACGUCCACCCAACAAACGUAUUAAUUUCACAAAAUUUUCGAUAUCGAGUCCUUUUUUCUGCGAGUGGAAUAUUCUGGUGAAGGAGUGGACGAAUGGAGAUGAUGUGAGGGUCCUGAGGACUCCAGCGGUUCUCCAGGCACUGGGCUCAGCCCUGGAGGGUUUCUCAGAGGGUCAUCGGCGCCAGAGGAGGAAAAUCCCGUCGUCCAGGGAUUCAGUGAACCUCUCAGACGCAUCCCUCGAUCAAUCCCUCCUUGUUCCCAUCAGGAUAAAAAUCCUGGGGAGGGGAAGACCCAAGAAAUUCGCCGUCGUCUGCACUCCAACUGACGACGAUCUCACCUCCAGGGUACCUGUCCAGGCCCUCAAGCCUGAUCCUCUCCAGAGGAAACGAAAAAUCCUGAUGAAAAACCACAAGAAAGCCCUUGCGAGGGCCAUGAGACAGCGGUCCAGGGCGAGAAAGGAAAAGAGACCGGAGAAUCCUAGAGUCGAUAUUCAAAAACACUCGGAAGUCAUGAGGAAGAUGUACCUCCCCGAGUGCAAGGCAGUUCGACAAUCCUGCGAUCGAGAGGUCAUGGGGUACCUCGUCCAGGGUGAUUUCUGUUUCACAGAGUCCACGGGACUGGGCUGGGGAUACGUCGUCCUCAAGUCUCUCAUCAAUCUCAUCACACGAAAGACUAAUUUAGUUUUAGUGAGAAAUGUACAGAGUAGACAAUACAGAAAAGCCAGAAUCGAUAUAAUUAAAUAAUUAAAUCCGGAUAAUUACCAAAAAUUUAAAA